UUGACGUAAUUUAACUUUCAGGUUUAAAUUUAAGAAUUGAUCUAACAUUUUUUAAAAGUAAGUUUUUAUGACUAGAGUAUUUUUGAAAAAUUGGUACGAAAUCAAACUUGACUUCUUGAAAGUCGAAAAGCAUUUGGCGGGAUGUGAGGUUUGAGAGUUGUUUGUGUUUUCUAGUUUCUUGUCUCUUCUGCUCAUCAGAUUUGGGUAAAAUGCCUGGUGUAGAUGGUACAUGGCAAGUGGAGAGGCUGAGGGAGAUUGCAGGCUCUGAAAUGGGCCAUGCCGUUCAGAUAAUGCCUCCUCCGUCUUACCUGCAAGCACUUCAGUACGAAGGGAAUGUAAAACCCAUUCCUGGCUUGUCUUCGGAUGUAAUCCUUGUGUACAAAUGUAGAGAUAGAAGUAGCACAUCUUCUCUUCCUAUUGAUGUCCGUGAGGAGAUUAACAGCUCACUCGAUGCCAGCACGGAGCUUGGAGGAGAUCCAUUGCCAGCACCUUUUGAUGAUGACGAGACUGACAUUUCAACUAUUGAACUGAAGCAGUACCAGUGGGCCAAAGGGGAGUUAAAUCAUUAUCCCCUGAAGAUCCAUGAUGCUUUGAAUAUACUCAACAGAGGUUGUGAUUAUUUAAAUGACACAUCCUGUGAAUGUGAUGUAUGGUGCCUCGUAGAUGGUGGGGUUGGAAAAGGGGCUUUUAAUGAAUCUAAGAAUGGUUUUUCAAAUGGAAAUGGGAACCAUUCUGUUGAUGCGUCCAUCUUAGAUUCAUCUUUAUCUAAUGGCUUAAGUGGUACCAAUACCAUCCUAAAAGAGAAGUCAAGAAUUUUGGUGGGUGUGCAUGCUACUGGAGAAUGGUGGACUAGAAGCUUUGUUGAGUCUCAGGGCAUGUGUUCAGUAGGCUCGCCAGAAAUGGACCCCGAGAUUAUGAAGAAAACUCACUCUGAUAUUUCUUUGAUGCCUCCACACAUGAUGAGCGUGUCUGUUCUUUGUCGGUACAACAUUGUUGGAGAACGUCUGACAUCAGAUGUCCCUCCUUCUGCAACUUGUGCAUCUUGUGUUAGUUUGGAGUUGGAGUGGAGGACACCCACCAUAUCUGUCCCUCUUCAAGAUGUAUUUGCCAGAGUGCUUGUUCAAGCUUCUGUUGGUCAUCAUUCGAGUCCUGCACAUGGCCUCUGGAAGCAAUUGUGUGUUUUGCAAAAGUUGUUUGAAGUACUUUUUACCUGUUGGGGAAACAAAAGUGCACCUGACAUGCUGCCACAUUUAGAUCCUACCCCUGACGAAACUUUGGACAGUGAAAUUCCUCAAGAAUCACUCAAAAGCCGCAUACGAACUCUGAUAAUGGGUGGCAAACAAGCACUUCAAGCACAAACUGCCAAUAGAAGAAUGUCUGUUGCCCCUUCUUUGUUGGCAAGGCAAUCUGUUGCGCCUGGAAGGCAGUCCAUAGCACCUUCAUUGUUAGCAAGGCAAUCCAUGGCACCUCCAUCAUCAAGAAGGCAAUCUAUUGCACCUUCAUUGUUGGGAAGGCAAUCCAUAGCCCCUGGUGCACAUAGAAGGCAAUCCAUGGCUCCUGGGUUCCUGGAUCGCAUGGCUCCCCAAGUAAAUGAAGAAACAAACGAAGAUGGUGAAGCUGAUAAUAAGGCAUUUUCUCUUAGUGAAGUUUUAGAUCUUGCUGCUACAGGAAACAGAGAUAACUCUGACCUUACAGAUGGGCUUUUCAGUCUUCUCAGUGAAUGCAAGACAUAUCAUGAGUUGGUGAAUGCUUGGGACCUCAUUUUUAUGGAACUUAAUGAAGCACCAGCACCAUUUAUCCGUCCCAAAAAUAGUACUCGAGCAGCUAAGCUUAUCCAGGGAUUUAUAUCUGGUCAAGUGGACUCAACUCCAAAUUUUAUGGAAAUUGAAGGAAGCUUGUUUCCGUUGGAACUUUUGCUUGAGCUGGGCAUGGAGAAACUUACAACUGAUUAUUACUAUGUAUUUUCAAAAUCAAAACUUGCUGGUCGUGAUGAGUUGCAAGAUCCCCAAUUAAUCAGGCCCAAUUUAGGUGUGCCCAAAGAAAAGUGGCUUGCCAGUUGUGGUCAGCUGUUAGGGUGGUUGGCGCAAGUUCAUUGUGCUCUGGAAAUGACUUUGCCAUUAGAAGCCCCUAUGACUAAAAUUACCAUACAAAGCAUGGCAUCUAAAGCUUUGAAGCACUUUCAAAGUGAAAACUCACCCAUACGGUCAGUGGAAGCGCUUCUGACUCCUGGAAAUUCAAUUCAGGAGUUCAACUUGCCUAUAACCCCUGCUGCUAUUCAAGAACAUGUCAACAGGGAUUUUGAUUGGUGGAGAAUGACCCUGGUGUCAGAGAAUGAGUCUAUGAGGGUCAAGACUGUUUUCCUACGAAGCCACCAGCGUCCAAUCUUCCCUCCUCAGCUGUUUGAAACUGCAGAUUCUGACACUUCAACUAAGGACAUUAAAAGUUAUUACUGUGCAGAAGCUGUGACCAUAAGUCAGAAGCUGUGAAUGUUCAUAAGCUAGGGUAUACAUAAAGCAGGUAUACUACCUGCUUACUUUUUUAAUACUUUUAAGUACUUUUUUAAUAUUUUUUAUACUAUAACUAGAUGAAUUUAUAACUGGUUUGAAAGUAAAAACAUGUCAAAACUGC